AACUUGACAACAAAGCGGCUUUUCCCUUUUCCAACGGACAAUCUCAAGAAUCUUUGUUUUCUUCGCAAAGCUCACCUUCAACAACAUUUUUUCAGUCACCUCGACAAAGUCCGGGCAUUGUAAAGGCAGUCUCGCGCCCCCCCCACAAUCUUUUUGCUCGUCCAGAUGUCAACAUGGCCCCGAAGAGCGAGCAACUUCUCAUCGUGUUGUCCAUCCUCGAAGGUCGCGAUUUCCCCAAGCUCCCUCGGCUCAGACUGGAGGUUCAGGCGAGCUUCGACGGUGAGCAGCUAACCACCGACCCUGUGGAACACCUGGACCAGCCACACUUCAGUACGGAGCUGGCCUGGGAGCUGGACCGCAAGAUGUUGCACCAGCACAGACUGCAGCGGACCCCCAUCAAGCUCCAGUGCUUCGCUGUGGAACCCAGCAGCAGCAGCAGGGAGAAUGUGGGCUACAUCGUGCUGGACCUCAGAUCCGUGCAGGAAGUCCCACAGGACCCUCACUGGCACGCUCUGCUGAGCAGCAAAUACACCAAGAAGAAGCCGUCGCUUCUCCUCAGCAUGGUGCUGGAGAAUGACAGCAAGUCCACGCUGCCGUCGCUGCCGCCGGCCACGCCGCAAUCACCCCAAGAAAAGAAGGCCCAAAAAGCACCCCGCUCGACCUGCCCUCCAGUCUCGAAGGCUCUCCCGGACAAGCUGGAGGCGGUCCUGGUACCUGAGCAGGGUUACCAUCAGGUGGGACCUGACAACGUCGCAACUGACAUGUUUGUGCUGUCUGUCACCGUGGCGUUUGCCGCCAAACUGGAACAGUUAAUCCCCACCACGCUAAAGCUGUCAUCAGAGGACGCUGGCUUCUUCUUCUUCUACACUCUGCUGGGCAACGACAUCACCAGCGAACCGUUCCAGAACCUCCUGACACCAGACUUCCAGCCCGAGCGUGCCUCUGUGCGCAUUUGUAGCAGUGAGCGCGUCCUGCGGACCUUCAUGUCACAGCAGCCACCUUUGCAGAUCCACCUUUGCUGCGGCACGCACUCGCUGGGCAGCGCCGACGUGCCCCUGGCCACGCUGGCCGGGCUCGCCGUGGACCUGGAGGAUGGGGCAGCCACGGUGGAGGGCGUGUUCACGUUGCAGCUGCCCUCCCGUGUCAAGCGCUCUCUGCCGCCGCUCCCUGCCGACCUACAGCCCAACGUCAGCGUGGCCGUGACACUGCGCCGCGAGGAUGUGGUGCCGCAACUACAGGCUUUGUCUAACAAAGAAGGAAGUAAGACAAACACGUGCGCUGUCGUCGUUUCCGCAGCUGAGGGCCAACUUGCCAGUUCAACUCCGUCCCGAAACCCUCCUGAUGUUGCGUCGUUGCCUCCUCAAGUCGCUCAGCCUCCCUCGCGCAUCCACCAAGAGGCGGAGAACCAGCAGGAGGCACUGUCGCACGACGUGGAGGCGCUCGCCCCGAAUCAGGCCCAGGGAGACGGCGCCACUUCCUCAGUCCUCAUCUGCCCCUCCAAACCAUCUAUUCCGCCGUCUGCGCAUCAUUACUGUUUCUCUCUGGACAUUUGCAGCCUCAGACAGACCGGACUCACUCACACCAUCGCCGCCACGGUCAGGUACUCGUAUGAAUUCUUCGGUAGCGCAGUGCCCGUGAUGACCAGUCGCCCCGUGGAGCUGCACAGAAACACUGACUUGUCUCUGCCGCACUCGUAUUGUGCCUUCGACUUUGCUGCCAUGCCACAGCAACUGCAGGACACCUUCCUCAGAGUUCCUCUGGUAUUGGAACUGUGGCACCAGGACACCAGCAGCACCACGGAUCUCCUUAUUGGCCGUGCCUCUCUGCAGCUGUCCUGCCUCCUCGCUGCCGAGAGGAGCAGACAUCCAGCGAGCAUGAGGGAGGCAGCUUGGCGCCAAACCCAUCAAGACCGUGUCCCCUUCUUCUCCACUCUAAGUUCCAAUGAGAAAGUGGCAGAGCUGAGUUAUGCGGCAACGCUGGACGACUUUGGACUUGUUAAUGUGAAGGACAUCCCCGUGUCCGAUUCGGCACAGAAUGAACCCGCGGCUCCUCUCCAGGAAACACCCACCCUCCCCGCGCCACCCACUGGGCCACCUGCGCCUCCCCCCGUGCCCACAGGCCCGCCGUACCCCCGAGACACCAUGGAGUACCGUACGGCCCUGGAGCUGGAACUUUGGAAGGAGACUCAGGAGGAUCUGUUCAAUGAUCAGCUUCGGAAGAAGGAGUUUAGUCACAUGCAGGCUCUGGCAGAGGAGUGGAUGCGACGGGAACACGAGAGGGAAGCCUGGGUGAAAAAGAAGGAGAUGGAGUGUAGUCGUUUGGAGGAACAGCUUCAGAAGACUCUGGCUGAUCUCGAGAAGAAAGAGAAACAUCUGAUUGAAGCCGAGCUAAAGACCCAAAGGCUGCAGCGAGACUUGCGUGCCGAGCACAAGCUGACCCAGCAGGAGGCACAGGAGACCAUCAGGAGACUGCAGCUGGAGUGUGACCACCGGAUGGCGCUGGAACGAGAAAAAGCACGCCUGAUGGAGGAGGAGCGAACGCGCCUGCUCAAGCAGAUCACAGAUGGAGAGAACCGCUACAAGCAACUGGAGAAAGACUUCCUUCACCUCAGGGAACAGCAGAACGUCAGACCCGAAGUCCGCCUGCAGACCGAGAUCAAAAUCCUGUCUCUGGAGAAGGUGGAGCUGGAGAGGAAGCUGGAGUCCACCACCAAGUCGAAACUUUACUACAAGGAGCAGUGGGGACGCGCGCUCAAGGACCUGACUCGCUUCAAACAGGAGAAUGCCAUGAUGCUUCUGAAGAAGCAGCAGGCGGAGAUGGACGCCAUGAGACUGCGCUCCGCGGCCACCGAGGAAAAGGAGGCGGUCCGACAAGAGCGACAGGAACUGGGAGACAUCAUGAAUCAACUCAACAGGUUGAAGCAGCAGGGGGAUAUAGGCCCGGCGACCUCAGCCCCGGCCCCCAGUUUGAACCAUAACACCGAGGAGCACCUGAGCCGCCUUUUGGAGGAGCGUGACACGCUUCUCCGGACUGGCGUCUAUGGACACGAUGACCGCAUCAUCGCAGAGCUCAACCGGCAGAUCGGCGACGCCAUGGCUGGCGCCAGCUGACGGCCAGUCGAUGCACAGGCAGGUUAGAUCAGAGCAGGAAACGUGUUGCACUCAGGGAAGUGUUAGCCACCUUAUGCUAGGCUAGGUUAAUCCUGACAGCUUUUUAACUUGAAAGUACCAUGUUAAUAAUCACAAGGUCUUUCAUUUAUUUAUAUGGGUUUUGGUGUCACGUGACAGAAGGCGCUACGGCCUUGCCGAAGACAUUUUCUUGUAAAACCUAACUUUCCGUUCUUGAUUUUCAGAAUUUAAUUAUCAAUAAAUGGGACGAUGUUUGCAUACAAGGAGGUAUGUGUCUGGCCUCCCAUCUGAAAUUAAACAACCAAGUCAAUUUUCUAUCUGAAUAUUGAUGAAAAUCCGUCCAAUUGUGACAUCGUAAUUUGGCUAAUUUACAUAAUCACGCCCUUCAUCGAGUUUCUUCACCCAUUACUCGGCAGCUAGACUGGGUGAAGAACCACCAUUUCCAAGCGACUACAUGGAAGCACCAUCAAGCCAAAGCCAAAAGGUAAGCAGAGCUGCACUGUGUGUUACCAGCAUAAGCGGCACAUACUCAAAUGUUCGAAUAAGUUGUCGACGUGGUGGCGCAGAGGUGUAUUUGUGGCCGCUGCGUGCACGACAAUAAGUGACAAAGUGUA